AUGCGAGUUGCGUAUCUCUUUGCGUGUCUCGUCCUCCCGCUCUUGGCCGCUGCUCAGUCUUCCUCGCAGCAGUCCUCACAGACACAGCAAUCCUCCCAAGUAUCGCAGUCCUCAUCGCAGUCCUCAUCGCAGUCUGCAUCUCAAUCCGGAGGCUCCCAAUCCGGACAGUCCUCACAAUCCUCACAAUCCUCCCAAUCCCUCGUCGUCUCUACAUCCAUUUCCACCGGCUAUUUGGUCACCAGCGGCGUCACCCACUCAUUCACCCAAACCCAGGUUGUCACCCUGACUCCGUCUGGCAAUAGUUCUUCGCAGACAACGGGAGCAGGGAACUCUACAGGCAGUGCAUCCUCGACAGCUCCGAUGUCGACUGCGCCGACGAGCAUCAAUGGAGGUGGCAGUGGAGCCCCCAACGGCGCCCCAAGCCCAGGUGAAACGGGACCCAGCGGAAUAUAUGGGCCGAACGACGGAUACGUCUCAGCGGCUCUUGCAUUGCAUAUAAACGUGGUGCUUACAAUAUUGGUGGGGGUUGCGAUGGGUGGUAGCCUGGUUCUGCUAGAGACACUCUUUGCAUGA